AUGCGGGAGCUGCUGCAAGGCGCCCUCUCGUCAUCAUCCCUCCCACCGCAUUCCGCAACCAUGCUGUGGGAGGAGCUCAUUGCAUGCGAGCAGCUCUUUGGGGACCUCAAUUCACUUAUAAAGGCACAGGAGGGUCGCCGAAAAGCUCUAGCUUCGGUAGCAGGUCCUGGCGGUGCUGCCGAGCCUGAGGUGGAGGUUUGGCGGGAGCAGCAGGACCUGGUAGACCGGUUCAGCUACUGCGGCCUGCUGCCUUGUGACGCGUCAGCUCUCCCUCCGAACCUAGAAGCAGGCUCGGCAGGUCCGGAGGCAAUCCAGGCUCGGCAAAGGUCGGGGGAGGCUCAGGUUCGGGAAGUGGGUCAAGCAGCAGCAGAGAGAGCAGAAAGAGAAGCAAAGGAGCAAGAAGCAAGGAACGGCACCAGUGCAGCUGCUCCUGCAGCAGCAGCAGCAAGCACAGCAGCAGACGCAGCAGCAGGCGCAGCAGCAGCAGCAGCAGCAGCAGCAGGCGCAGCAGCAGCAGCAGCAGCAGCAGCUGCUGCACAAAUAGCAGCGGUUGCAGGAGUGCAGAGAGACAGUGUUUCAAAAGCAGGGGUGAAGGCAGAGCCUCAGGAAUCGCCCUUACCUCCUCCUCUGCCUCCGUCUGUGUCUCUUUCUCAAGGCAUAGGGCCCGCACCGCCUGCCGUCUCCUCCCUGUCUGCUGCUCUGGCCGCUGCUGCUGCUGUGCUCAUGCCUCGUGAAGGAGCAGCAGGAGCAGACGGUGCAGCAGGGGCAGCAACAGAAGCAGGGGGGGAGGGGAACGUGAAAGAGGAGGCGACUUCUAGACGGGUGAAGGAGGAAGCAGAGGGUGGGGAGAGGCCUGGUGCGGCUGUUGGUGCUGAUGGCAGCACUGCUGGUGCUGGUGGGGCGAAGGAGGGUGGGGAGAAGGGUGGGGUGGAGAAGGGAGAACAGCAGAGGGAGGGGGCAGCAGGGGCAGCGGGUGUUAAGACGCAUCAGUUUGUGGCGAGUGCUGCUGUGGAGUGGAAACCUGGUUCCGGUCGCAAGCAUGGCAUUGCAGCUUCCUCGAAGCUUCUAGAGGGCCUGCCCAGGUCCCUCGCGCACUUCGCCUCCCAGCUUCCUCCUCCUGUACCCGGCCCCUAUCCCGAUGUGGAUUUCAUCAUGUCACUGGUCAUUCAAGCAGAGCUCCCACCUGAGGCGCUAGCAGCCAAAUCAGGUGGUCUGCAUCGCAAUGCACCGCCUGGAAUGGCACCUGGGGCACCUGGGGCACCUGGGCCAGGUGGCGGGACAGGUGGCGCCAUGCCAUUGGCCGGCAGCAAGCGCAAGGAGCAGGAAGAGGAGGAGAUGGCGAAUGCGGAGGCCAGGGCACGCAAGCCCCCACCGGUGCGAGAUAUUUUCCGCCUGAGGCAGCUGCAAAGGGCUCGGGCAGGUUCAUCUGGGACAGGCUCGUUGAGCGGAGGGGCAGGUGGGACUGGGGGUGGUACUGCUAGUGGCAGUGAUAGGUUUUCUGGAGGAUCCAUGUAG